AUGUUAAGCCUUGAUGCAGCACUAGGUUGUCGAGCCAACGUGUUUCAUAUACUGAAACCUUCAUCAGCUGGUGGAGUUAAGAAACAAGGAGCGUCAAGUUCCAUCACAAUCCACAGUCAAGCCGCACCUAUCAUCUGUCGUCACACAUUAGACGUUUUAAUAUCGUUAGCUAAAAGUGUCCCUUCUCAUUUUCUCCCUCGACCACCACUGGCUGGAAAUGAAGACAAGAAAGAAAAAGAAGCUGAAGGCAAAAAAGGCACACCAGUCGCCGCAUCUUCGAUGAAGAAACAGGAGACGGGCACAGAUUUCUGGGACCUCUUAGCUCGAUUGGAUUCACAGAGCGCGUCCCGUAAAGGCAAAGGUCUAGCACGGACCCACAGUGGCGCUACGACUCAUGGCGCGGCGUCUGCUGCUACUGGAGCUGAAGAGGAGAUUCGUCAUCUUCAUCAACAGCAGCAGCAACAACAGCAACGUCGUCAUUCUGAGGGUGUACGCAUGCGCGACUGGGAAAGGCGCGAAUUGCACAGCUCUUUGGCUGUCCAGUUGCAGCAGCAGCGAGAUACAGCACUCGAUUUGUCUCUCUCUGGAAUUGAAGCGUCUCCACAGGAUUUGCAGCUGCUCGAGCAACACCUCAAGCUUGCCGUAGAUGUGCUCACUUCUAAGAGCUGUUCAGAGGAAGGCUUGGAAGAUGCGACUUCUCUGUUGCUAAGCCUUUCAUUUGGCCCACAUCCUACUAGGGAUACAAUUUUGAAGCUUCUUUUGGAUGGAGCGCGUGAACUAGGAAAUAUUGUUUGCUCUCAUAUCCGAGCUCUUUUGAAUGAACUUCACACUCUGAGGCGUCGUCCUGAAGCAUCCACAUCGGCUGCCUCAGCCCAAACAGGAACUACUUCUGAAGAAACGGACCUUGAAGGUGUCGACCGAUCAAAGGGAUUCUUAAUGGAUCGAUUUACAAAGGACAUGGUUGCUUUCGUUUCCGCUCAGACGAAACCCAAAACCGGAGGCUAUGAAUUGCAGUUGCCUUCAUUGGAGCAAAGUGUAAAGUCCUAGUUCAUGAGACUCUACAAGAGGGUUCUCUGUUUUAUGGAUCUGGUCCUGAUGUCAAGAGGAGAGUGCAAUCAGAUAAACCUUCUGUAAUUAUUAUAAUAUUC